AUGACUGGUGUCUUCCCCGGAAAUGGACUGGAUAAAUCAAGACCCAAUUUCAUCUUUGCUGGCAAUUUUGUGUUUCCUGCAGAAGGGCUUCCCCCUUGGUGCGCACGUUGGCCGUUCCAUGCCUCCGUUGCAGUUCUUGAUAUGGUGAUGAUUGAUAUCGCCAACGACACCGUAACCCUGCUCCCCCCUCCCAUCCUCCUCCCUGGUCUCUUAGGAAUCUUCAAACCCUACCUCGCGACAGCAAUUGUUCAUGCAGAGCGGCCCGGUCUGUGGCCGCUCGGUUCUAGGGCUGGAGGCUACGACCUUGAACUAUUCCCGGUCCUUGGUUUAUGGUUGAAUCACUGA